AUGUUUGGACGCAUAUUGAAGGCAGCUCGCAAGCCCGGCGCAAUAGGCGCAGUUCACGGCGUCGCUCCCAUUCAGGCCUUUCCAGAAAAAGCAGAUCGCAAUGACGAGGAAAAGGCAUCAGAUACUCCGUUCUUCCAGAAUCAGGAGAAGUCAAGACUGCUUGAUCGGUGGUUAGACAAGGUUGUUCGCGCAUCAGGUUCGGAAAUCGUCUUCUAUGGCAUCCUAGCCGCACUACUCGUUUGGGCUUUGUUAGGCAUUCCUUUCGGCCGCACGGAAAACUGGCAGGUCAUCAUCUCGGACGUCCAAGCCAUAUUCAGUUAUGCGUAUGACUCGCUAUUGGUGAGACAACAAAUUAACAUGUACGAUCGUGAAAUGAUGGUGGCGGCCCAGAUGCAGUCUCGCAUCCGCAGCCAUCUACGUAUGCUGUCAAAGGCACAAGAUGAGCUUAUUCGAGAACAAAAGACAGCUCUGUCAAACCCUUGCAACCAAGAACUCUUGGUUAAACUUGAAAACUAUGAUGAUGACAAACAGGUACUCUUGCCGCCAGAAGGGAGAUUUAGUCGGUUCAUCACAACCGUUUCGCAUAUCCUGGGUCAUAUCGUCCUUGCUGGGGUCUUUUGGAUCGCCAUAUUUGUCUGGCUUGGCAUUGGUCCCUUGUUCUCCUUCAGCGACUCCUGGCAGCUCUACAUGAAUUCCGCUACCUCAGCAUGGAUGGUUCUCUACUUCACAUUCCUUGCUAACAUCCGUGAACGUCACAAUACCCAUGAACGUAAAUGCCUUACCUCGCUCUUCGCGAUCGACUGUUCUCUCGAGGCUCACUUGCGCGUCUUGACACAAGAUAGAGAGAGCAAUCCAGAAGUGGUCCUGACUGCGCCCAAAGUCAAUAAGCUACAACGUGCCAUCUUUUACUACGCUGACUUUGUCGGUACGCUGGUGGGCAUCGGUAUCUUUGUGACCGUGAUGAUCACUUGGCUCGCUGUUGGACCCGUUUUCCAUUUCAGCUCUAACUGGUGGCUGUUUAUUGGAACUUAUGCUGGACUGAUCGGUAUGCAUGAUGGAUUCGUCCUACGGAAUAUGCAAGCACGAUUUUCCUCGUACGUGGAAAAUGAGAUGGACGUGCUUCAUCAAUUGGACAAGGAUGUAUUCCAGCGCAUUGGCUUGACAUUACCUCCCCUUAAGCAAGCCGAUCGCCAAUUCACACUGUCCGAACGAGUUUCCAUCGUGGUGGAUAAGGUUAGCGCACAUGAACUCACCGUUUUGGCAGGGGUUAUCACCCUCAUCGGUCUGGUUAUUGGUGCCAGUGCAAUGCAAUGGACACUGACCGGCCAACUCUUGUGCAACGUUCCUCCAAGCAUUAUCGAAUCAUUCCUUAUGAUGAUUCUGGUGACCGGUCACAAUCUCAACGACGACAGGAAGCGCUCGGAACUGCAAACUCUAUAUGGAAGACGCAUACUACUGUUAAGAUAUGCUCGCUACAUGGCGCAUCGCCGUGCUGAUAAGAUGAUGGAUACUCCUGACAUGGAGCUGAAAGAGCUUCCAGUCAUCAAAACAACUCUUGAGACCGCGUCGGAUGACCAGAUUCAGUAUUGA